AUGUGGGCCGCCUUGAGGUUAACUCUGCGGCCGUACGCCCGUGCAGCUGCCCCUGGGCUGCGCGCCUAUCAUGGGGACUCGGUGGCCACGCUGGGCACCCAGCCGGACUCAGGCUCCGCCAUCUAUCAGGAAAACUACGAGCAGAUGAAAGCACUAGUAGAUCAACUACAUGAUCGAGCACAACAUAUAAGAAUAGGAGGUGGUGAGAAAGCCCGAGCCCGACACAAAUCAAGAGGAAAACUGUUACCUAGAGAAAGAAUUGACAAUCUUAUAGAUCCAGGGUCUCCAUUUCUGGAAUUAUCCCAGUUUGCAGGUUACCAGUUAUAUGAUAAUGAGGAAGUCCCUGCUGGUGGCAUCAUUACAGGCAUUGGCAGAGUGUCCGGGGUAGAAUGCAUGAUUAUUGCCAAUGAUGCCACUGUUAAGGGAGGUACCUACUUCCCAGUGACUGUGAAAAAACACAUACGGGCACAAGAAAUUGCGCUACAAAACAGGCUUACUUGCAUCUACUUGGUUGACUCGGGAGGUGCAUACUUACCCCGACAAGCAGACACAUUUCCAGAUCGAGAUCACUUUGGUCGCACAUUCUAUUACCAAGCAAUUAUGUCCUCUCAAAAUAUUACUCAGGUUAAAGCAGCAACUGGAGAAGAGGUUUCUGCUGAGGACCUUGGAGGUGCUGAUCUUCAUUGUAGAAAGUCUGGAGUGUGUGACUACUAUGCUUUGGAUGAUUUUCAUGCCCUGUACCUAACUAGGAAGGUUGUGAGGAAUCUAAAUUACCAGAAGAAAUUGGAUGUUACUGUUGAACCUUCUGAAGACCCUUUAUUUCCUGCUGAUGAAUUAUAUGGAAUAGUUGGUACUAACCUUAAGAGGAACUUUGAUGUUCGAGAAGUUAUUGCUAGAAUCGUGGAUGGAAGCAGAUUCAAUGAGUUCAAAGCCUUAUAUGGAGACACGUUAGUCACAGGAUUUGCUAGAAUAUUUGGAUACCCAGUAGGUAUUAUUGGAAACAAUGGAGUUCUCUUUUCUGAAUCUGCGAAAAAGGGAACUCACUUCAUCCAGUUAUGCUGCCAAAGAAAUAUUCCUCUGCUGUUCCUUCAAAACAUUACUGGAUUUAUGGUUGGCAAAGAUUAUGAAGCUGAAGGAAUUGCCAAAGAUGGUGCCAAGAUGGUGACUGCUGUAUCCUGUGCCAACGUGCCCAAGAUAACUGUCAUCAUUGGGGGAUCAUAUGGGGCUGGGAACUAUGGGAUGUGUGGCAGGGCAUUUAGUCCAAGAUUUCUUUACCUGUGGCCAAAUGCUCGUAUUUCAGUGAUGGGAGGAGAGCAAGCAGCCAAUGUGUUAGCAACAGUAGCAAAGGACCAAAAAGCACGGGAAGAGAAACAGUUGUCCAGUGCUGAGGAAGCAGCUAUAAAAGAGCCCAUCAUUAAGAGGUUUGAAGAGGAGGGAAACCCUUACUUUUCCAGUGCAAGGCUGUGGGAUGAUGGGAUUAUUGAUCCAGUGGACACCAGACUGGUCCUAGGUCUUAGUAUUAGUGCAGCCCUCAACGCACCAAUCCAGAAGACUGACUUUGGCACCUUUAGGAUGUAA